CCCCACAGUGUACUCACCUACAUCACAAAUAGCCUAGGGUAUCAGGUACCAGGAUUAGAAGGCUUAAUCUCUCAAUGAAUACCAGUCAAACAGGACGAGAAAGUGAAUAAUUCCUUUUGAAAGUGCUCCAUCAAUCCCUAAGUCCAUUCUUGGUGCGGUUCCAAAGCACAGGGGUAGCCUGGUUUAUUCUUGUGGCUAUGUUUUACAAGAAAGUGCUACUGCAGCCCCACCUAUAGAUUUAUUUGUCGAGGGGGUGCAUACUCUACCACCUCCAGUUGUGCGAUGCCCUUCCGUGGGUGUGAGAGGUCGCAACAGGUCCAGACAAGUUCCAACUUGAAUUCCAGUCUCCGAGCUCGUGUCUAUGGAAUGCUAUAAAGAGCAGGGAAAGCCACUGAAAGGCCACAUUCUUUUCAAGUUGUGGUGUAUACGCAAGCUUGAUAGAAUAAACUACCUCAAUAUCUUGCCUGCCUUGGAAUUAUAUUGGAAAUGUAUACCUCAAGCCCUCAGAUAGUUGGAUCUGUAUGAUUAUUUUACUUUGGAAAGAUUGAGCUGCAUGUACAUGUACCUACCCCUGGACUGUGGAACAUACAAAUCUUUGAAAACCAUGUGUAAACCCACCGAGUCAAAAGCGUGCAUGUAUGCAUACUUGCCUAAUUGGCGGAUAAUGUUCAAUGAAUGUAGCGCCCUCUGUUGGUGAAGGAACUCCUGAAGUCUCCCGAUGACAUUGAAUCCUUCAUUCUGACCUGACUGAUCUUACAAAGCGGAUAUUAGAGGAAAUCAUUGUAUACCUCCCAAAUCAACACAAGUGCAUAUAUGCACAUCCGUCUGAUGGUCUGAAUCCUGCAUACACUAUUAAAGCGCCCUCUAUGUUGAAGAGAGUCCUUUCGAAAGACAAACAAAGUCACGGACCUGACCAUGAGAGGGGAUUUUGACUAUGACCUGUCCUCUGAACUAUGGGGAGAGGAUUUGAUAAGUAGCUCCAAAAAUUGUCGUAACCUCUACGAGGAGGGUGUCCUGUGGAGGUACCAGAUCAUCAAGGUGGUCGGAAGCGGGGCUCAUGGAAAGGUGGCGAAAGCAUACGACCACCAGGAGCAAGAAUAUGUUGCAAUAAAGAUCAUCAAGAACAAGAAACCGUUCCUCAACCAAGCCCAGAUUGAGGUCCGACUCCUAGAGCUCAUGAAUAAACAUGAUGCCGACAGCAAGUAUUAUAUAGUUAAACUGAAGCGGCACUUCAUGUUCCGCAACCAUCUCUGUCUGGUCUUCGAGCUGCUCUCCUACAACCUCUACGACCUCCUCCGCAACACCAACUUCCGGGGCGUGUCCCUCAAUCUGACGCGCAAGUUCGCCCAGCAGAUGUGCACCGCCCUCUUGUUCCUGGCGACGCCAGAACUCAACAUCAUCCACUGCGAUCUGAAGCCAGAGAACAUCUUACUGUGCAAUCCCAAGAGAAGCGCUAUCAAGAUCAUUGAUUUUGGUAGCUCCUGUCAGCUCGGACAGAGGAUAUACCAAUACAUCCAGAGCAGGUUUUACAGGUCGCCUGAAGUGUUACUAGGUAUAUCAUACGACAUGGCUAUCGAUAUGUGGAGUUUGGGAUGUAUACUUGUAGAGAUGCACACGGGCGAACCCCUCUUCAGUGGCUCUAAUGAGUUGGAUCAGAUGAACAAGAUCAUUGAAGUUUUAGGCAUGCCACCCAACCACAUCAUAGAGCAGGCUCCGAAGGCUCACAAAUACUUCAUCAAGACGGAGAAAACCUGGGUACUCAAAAGGAGUCGGGAUGGAAAGAAGUACAAAAGUCCAGGAACCCGAAAGCUUCAGGAUAUCUUAGGCGUGGAGCUUGGCGGGCCGGGCGGUAGGAGAGCAGGUGAACCGGGUCAUACCGUCUCAGAUUAUCUCAAAUUCAAGGAUCUCAUACUAAGGAUGUUGGAGUAUGAUCCCGCCUCUAGGAUAAAGCCCUACUAUGCCCUCCAGCACUCCUUCUUCAAGAGAACAGCCGAUGGCAGCACCAAUACGUCCAAUAGCACCUCGGCUAGUCCAGCCAUGGACCAGGCCGGUAGUCCACCUGCAGAACACUCAUCGGGUUCCAGCUCAGGAGGAGCUACAGGGGGCUCUAACAACGGUUCUGGAACCGGUGGACGGGCGCAGUCUGACCCCACCCAUCAGAACAGCACUUCAAACCACGCCCUGGGACACCAACACCCCGGCAGCUCGGCGGGGGCAAUGGACUACGAGUCGAUGUCGUCGCACUCCAGUCUGACGUCGGGGAUGUCGAGCGGGGACGUCGCGUUUGCGUCAUCGUCAAGCAGUGCUCAUGGACACUCGAGUUCGCAUACGUACCCGCAUCCCCACUCCCACAGUCGCAAGCACCACCACCAUCACUCAUCGCACGGACACAGCCUCCCAUCGCCGGCGGCUCCAGCCAGUAACGUGAAUUUAUCUCAAACAGUGUUACAAGCUCCCAUAGUGACAAUGGGUAUCCCAACUAUACCAGUAACGAUGGGGAUGCCUCACGUGCAUCAAGCCGGUAUCGUGACGACGCCCGGUUACGUGUAUUCCUCGCACAGUUCGCUGGAGAACACCCAAAGCAGCUCGUUAAGUAGUGGUUCGUUAAAUAUGCCCAUGGGCGCUUAUGCAAUACCGACGCACCACCACCCGUCGUCGACCACGCAACAAACGCUUGUAAACAAUCCCCAUUUACAUGGGACGACGACGGGGACGGGGGGUAUCGCGUUGACGAGUAACGUGAGCGGGGCGACCAGCGUCCCGUACGCGUUUGCGUUACCGGUGCAGUCAGCCGUGAGUACGGGGCUUGUGAACUCUCAAACGACGAGACAAGCGGACGAUUCACCGAUGGUUGGUGUGUGUGUUCAACAGAGCCCAGUGGCAUCACAUUGACCUCAGCUGUCAAACUUAUUCUCUAUUCACCUAGCUGCUAGGUCCCUCCGCUAGUUAGUCGGCCGACCCUCGGUAGAACGCCCUUUAGUACCUCGUGCGGGUUUCGCAAAUGAAUGUCGCCCUCGGGCUUGUGGUGGUGGUGGAUAUAUCUCGUCAAGCUCGCAAUCGCUUCGGAAUCGUCGUCAAACGGAAUCAUCGCACCGCGUGUGUAGAAUGUAGCAAAAGGAAACCUCUGUAGAGUGGGAAAGAUUUAGCAAAGGAAUUCAGUAGGAUCGCAUCGCAUCGUUUGUUUGGCUUUAGGAAGAUUUGAAAGAUUUGAUCGUAGGUAGCAACAGGAUUUCAAUACAUAGGGAUGGCAGGCAUCAUCAACGAGAGUUUCGCAUGGUCGUCGUGAUUCUACAAACUAUGGCUACAACGUACCUUCAUCAGUGACAGAUGCCCUUCUUGGGAGAUGUCUUCUUCCGCUCUUCUCUCUUCAAAGACCACUCAACCCUUCACACCAGUAUGUCUCUCCUAGAAACAGAUCAUUAGACUGUGGAACAUAUUACCCCCUUCACUCCUUAGUCCCAACAGAGCAUCGUAAAACGCCAAAGGACCCUACCAGGCUGCUCGCCGAAAGAGUUGCCGCAUCAAAGGCAAAAUACCAUCUGGUGGUCCCUUUUUUUAGCAUAUGGAAGUGAUUGAAUUUGGUAAAAACCAGAAGUCAACGAGUUACAGAAAACCAGCUCUCUAGAUGUACAUUUAUCGAAAAUAUGAUACUGUGUGAGUUGUAUUGAUGGUCAAUAUCUUGAAGGAAAAGACCCUGAUCCUAAAAAGUUGGUCAUUUUUUGUUGACAGGGCAUGUGGUCUUCGAGCCUAUCCUCAAGGUCUUUAGUGGAAACCUUGCCAGAUUCAUCCAGAAAGAGUUCCAACUCUGUCUUGCACAUUUCUUACAAUACUUGUAUAAAGACACACCAUAUCCUGUAUCUGAAAUUAUAUUGCACCAUCAAACUAUUACCUCAACUGAAACAAGGUUGGACAACGUUUGACCAUAUUUUGAAAGGUUUACGUCAGAUGAUAAGUAAAAGCAACCCAUAUAAGAAAAUGUACAUUGCAUCACCCUCAAAACUACUUAUAUUUACCUCAAUCAGAAGCACAUGUGGAAAAGAGUCAUCUCGAAUUCAAUAUUUUUGUAAGAGUUGUAAAAUCAAAACAAACCAUUUCCUGUAAUGCUACAAAGACUUAUUACCUCAAUUUCAAACAAAAUUUGAAGACUUGCUGUACUAUGACACGUUAGCAAAAGUCGGUAUCUGAAAACAUUGAAUUGUCUUCAUAGCGAUUUCAUCAAAAUGGUGUGUAUUCAACAAAACAAAGAAAUAUCACGGCCUUUCAUUUCACCUACAGAUUUCAAUUUAUCAAAAACUUCCUCAGAAAUAUUGGCCAUAUGCUUGGAGAAAAGUGAGCAAGAAUAUUUUUGACCAAGUUUGAUGUAAUUUCUUCUAGUAAAUAUGAAAACGACAUCAAGUUUAGUCCUGACCACCUCAUAGGGGAAAAAAAGGUACAGAACGAAGUUGGAUAAAGUUAAGACAGAACAAGUCUUGUCGUAAGAAGCAUUGCUUUGCAGCUGAAUUUAAAUGUUUUUUGUACAAAAAUCGAGCUAUAUCUCACCCUCUCUUUUCUCCUACUAUUUUUCUUGAAAAUCAGUAUUGAAUGGAUUUUAAUGAAUAUUCCCAAUUAUCCAUGUAAUAAUUGUAAUUUUUUGUAUGGAUCUCCUAUUGGUUAGGACGUCAGUCUAUGGAGCAUGUUGGAAGUAUUCAGGGGUUUAUCAUACUAAAAUGGUGUUUAAGGAACAUAAAAUGGGGAACUUUCUGUUAUAUAAUGAUUGGCUACUUUCAAUAUGUGGACAGAUAUAAUAUAAGGCUGCAUAAGAUAUGAGAAUAACAAAAGUCCAAAGUUUAAAUGAUUUGACAACUCCUUUCCACUUAAAGCUUUAAAAGUGAUAGCAAAUCAAAAGCUACGAGAUCCACGUGCCGAGGGCAUUUAAAAAAUGGUGGGGCAAGUUCAUUGCACUGUCAAAUCUCUUUUUAAUCAAAGGGCAAACGCCCAUGAGCUCAUUCACUGAUUGUAUCACCCCCUUUUACUCUGUAAAAACAAUAUCUUGGUUUGUUUGGGGUUUUUAACAGCAACUUUGUUUUUACACAAAGCUCUUUAUAAGAGAUGCGUACUGUCAUGAUUAAGGUUUUUAAUUUGGUUAAGAAACAUCAUUUUCCCUUCCAGCCCUUCCCGAUUACAGACUGUGAGCCACUGUUUUUAAACAAAAAUCAUUAAACACAUCGUUAAAAGUUCUGAAAUGUUAAGUAUGGGUUUUUAAUUGUUCCAGUAGGGGAGGUUGGAAGAAAAUUCUUGCCAGUUUUUUAAUCCCUAGAUCCAUUUUUAAGGUGUGAAAAUUACUGGACUUCUGAAACAAAAAUGAAUCUACCUCCAUAUAACCCCAUAUAUUGAUUCUCCUGUAUUGCACAGAAACAUUGUCCACGACUUAAAUGUUAAUCACAAUUCUACUCCUUUUUAUCUGGUAGUCAUGUUUUAUCAGUGAAGUUGUCGACAAUUCCAAUGUUAUUUUUACAAGGUGAUAGUGUUAAGGAUGUAGCAAGUUACAAACGUGAGAUGAGAAUUCUCUUUUCCUUAUCAAAUUUUUUAAAUGGUAAUGAUGAAAGUAAGAAAGCCAUUUUUAACGGAAUGCUUUUCACAGAAGAAGUUUGUACAGAGUUUUGAGAAGGAAAAGACUGUAUUUUUGGAGAGUUGAUAUUCUGUAUGUAUAUUUCAACUGGAACAUGUGAUAAUUGACACACAACGUGCAGGGACAGAAUCUUUUCCACACCCCUCCCUGUUUAAUACACUCGAUCACUACCAUACAGCUGAAUAAAUGUUUUUACUAGCCGCA